CUUAUUAAAUAGAUAAAAUGACAGAAUCCGAACAUCACUCUGAAGAAGCUGCAGGGCUUGAGUUGAAAGAAGACAAGUCGAUCAAAAUGUCUUUGACAUGCAAGUCAAUGAGGGCGAGUUUCCCUUCGGUCAAACAGAUGCAGACCUCUGAGCUGCACCACUUGAUCCGCAACCCGCAAACGAAAGACGCUGUAGUCGUUCUGGAUGUAAGACCUGACGAGGAGUUCAGAGUCAGUCAUAUCGAGAAAAGUGUGAGAGUGGACCCCUCCACCAAGAAUUUACCUGCAGUCGUGCAAUCCAUCAAAGCAAUUCUAGGUACAUCCGCUUUAAGUGAAACGCCCAGAGUUGUGGCAUACUGCUCUCUGGGCUAUCGAUCUUCUGAUCUCAUCAGCAGACUUUCUCAAUAUUGUGCGAAAUCUUCGGAGCCAGAAAUUCAGCAGCUAACUUCCAAUAUACAGAUGUUUAACUUGGAGGGAUCUCUGUUCAAAUGGGCUAACGAAAGCAGGCCGAUGGUUGAUUCGAAUAAUGACGUCACAGUUGUGUGUCACCCGUUCAAUGCCAUUUGGGGCAAAAUUUUGCGCAAAGAGUUCCGUGCUAAAGUUGAAUGAACUGUUUUUAGUAUUAGUUUGUAUCUUUCUGAUUCCCCUUUUCUUGUUAUCAAUCCUGGGUGCUAUAUGAUUCCCUGAUUUUUUGCAUAUUGUGAUUGACUUUUGCAAAGCAUACAUUUGGUUUUGAAAUCAUCGUAGAAGUGUCAGACGGAUUUCGAUAAAUAAUAUUUUCGGUGUUCUGAUGUCAGAAUUUAAUGUCUUUAUAACAAGUUUUAUAUGCAUAAAUUGACGCAAUGAAGAUAAUUUAUACUCUUGUGUCGCGAGCGACCACAGCCUCUCACAAGGAGGAUUCGUAUCAUGGUAAUUUAGA